AUGUCAGUAAAAGACGCAAAGAAGAAUAAGUCGCGUGAGACUUUCAAGUCCAAGUCAACUGACUUUGAUGAUUACAACCUAGAUUUACGUUUAGUAACCUUUAGUUUGUAUUUAGAAGGUGAAAGUCCGGGUACUGGUGAAUGUACGUUGCUAAUAUAUUUCGAUGAUGAAUUAUUACUGGGAGAAAAAUGGGAAAAUGGUCAUACAAUUGAUACGAUUAUUUUACCAUUAAAUAUAGAGGAACCUGGAAUUGAUCAAGAAAUAAUUGCCGACCAGCCACUCAUAUUUUUGCUUCGAGGAAGUUCAGGAAAACCCUCAAAAGAUCAGGACCCCUUUCUUAAUAUUGAUAAUAGAGCUGGAGGAAACGUUGACUUAUUGCCAAUAGCACUAGGGGAAAAAGAGAUAAAUGUAAAAGUACCGCUAUUGAUUAUUAGUUCCGGUGUUCCAUCUGGUUGUUCAGUGGACGUACAUGUAAGUUAUAACGGUUCUAUAAACAAUGAUAAAAUACCUCUUACGCUAACGAUGAUUGCAGCACAUUGCCUACCACUUUCGCGAGACGGUACUGCCUUUGUCAGUGGCAUAGGUCUCGAUACUAUUCAUGAUCCAAUUUCUUUAAAAUUUGGUAUGUCAUUGAGCGCGUCUUCAGCUACGAAAAUUGUAUGGGGAAACGCUAGCAAUGCCGGUCACGCCGCCGAUACCCAAAUUAAUGUGCCAAGCGAAGAUAUGUUUGUCCCAAACGAUUUAGCUAUUGAUAAAUCCGAAAAUUCAGUAUAUUGGAAUGCUAUGAGGCGCGUUCUGGUAGAUUCUACAUUAUUACAAGAACGAUUGAAUAAUAAUUUCUAUGUCGAGAUAGCUGGAGUUCCGAAAAGUGGGAAAAUUGAAGUACGAGGACGAUACAUUGCGUUGGUAGAUACUGGUGUUUUGCUUCAGCCAGGUCAAUCCGGGGUAACUGUCUGUGCAAAACUGAUGUUUUAUAGUGCCGACAUUUUACCUGAAUCCGUUGGUACAAUUUUAGAUUUACCACCAACCAGCGCGCGAGGUCCUGCACAUGAAAAUGAACCUGUAACUGACGAGAACGGUCGCGACGCUUACAUUGUGAUUAGAAUGGAUUUAAUUGAUCCAAUUGUUCCAAAAGCGAAAAUAACGUCCCUUUUUGAUUUAAUCGGAUUUCCUUCUCCUGGUGGUCUUAAAAUAGCCGAAGAUUCGUUGAAAAUAUUAUCUCCGCCAGAAGAGCCGCCUUUGGACAAGAAGCGUAUUUGUAAAGAAGGUGGGGCGUUGUCGGUGCACAAGGAGCUAAGUAAUUUGGCUUACAAAUGCACGCUCCAAAUGAAUAAGAGUAUAAAACGGACAGCAGCUAACCGCCUUUUAUUACGGGUGAGGUUGAUGCUAAAACAGUUUACACCAACGGAAUGUUCCGAGAUGGAUUAUCAAGAUAUGAUAACAAGUCAACAUUCAGCAGCUCGCCGAGCCGUAACUUCUUCAUUUGCUCCUCAGCCUCCCAAGGUUCGACCUUCGCCCGGACUAGCCGCUGCUAGAUGUCGGGCCGCAGGAGAUGCUAGAAUAUCGAAUGAGCAUAUUGAAAAAAACCUGAAAAUUAGCCCUAAUCAUCCCCGAGUUCUUUUAUCAAAAGUUUUGCGUUGUCUUGAACAGAGAAACGAAUCUGAUGCUUAUAAUUAUUUAACGGUAGCUUUAAAUGUCCAUUCCAAAAACAGAUAUUUGCUGUGGACGUACGGAGGAAUUCAAUUUGAUAAAGGACCUGAAGCAAUCGAAGUAGCAACAGCCGCUUUUCGUAUCGCCGUUAAAGGCGACAAGUCGGAUGGAACCACCAGCGCCAUCGGGUGGGCUGCACUGCACGCGUUACAUCACUACCAUGGUAACGAGCACCCAGCUUUCGUUGCACUUAAAAAAAUGAGGAAAUCUUUUGCACUACCUGUAGAGUGGAAGCGAUGCCUGAAAAGAUGGAUAGAUUCAAGUGGAGAAGAAGAAACUUUAUGGAUGCCUGGUAUUAUAGAAUCGCGAAAUCCUUUCUUGAUUGCUGCAGCUUUCUUUUUAUGUUUACGGUGCUUUAAACUAACUGAAAGAAUUCUCCACUGUGUCGAAGAUGGCUGCUAUGAACGCGGUGCACAAAAUAUCGCAAAAGGGAAACCAGGCCCCAGUACUUAUUAUGUGAGAGCGGCUUCUCUUCUUUUGCGGCUUCACAUGGAUGUAGCCCUGGAGGUUGUCGAGAAAGGCAUACGGCGGUUCGGACCCUGUGCUAUACUUUCUCAAAUACGAGCAACUUGCUUGGGCUUCGCUAAAGGAUGGGACGGUAAAUGUGAAAAGGCUUUGUUAGAAGCUGAUAAAGAUGGGGCUGAGCCUUGUCCCGGCUUGCUUCUUCGAGCAGCGAUAGGCGGAUGGAAGACCGACAUAAUGGCUUCCUUGCAACGAGCUGCCCGAGCGCAUAAAAUUGCUCCAUCGGCUUAUUCAGCGCUAACUUUGGGAAGAAUUUAUGGGAAAUUGAGGGAAGAAAAGUUAGCCGAGCGUUGGGCUGCAGUUGCUGUGAAGACUGAACCUCUUUUGUCAGACGGUUGGGCAUUUCUGGCAUUACUGGCCAUGUAUAAAAAGGACGUUGAUAAAGCUAGGGCCUUGUUUCGUACCGCAAAAGAAGCCGGACCAGUGAGUGCAGAUAUCGUUGCUGAGAUAGAGAAGGUGAAGAAAGUAGUUAAAGUUGAAUUGUUGCCGGAGAUAAUGGCUAAAGAUUUGUGUCUCUGCGAUUAUUACUAA